GAGCUCAGAGGGGUCUGAUUUCGUACUGCAUACGUUUCAGGAGGGUAGCGGCAAAGGCUGACAGGACGGAUCAUAUAAACCUACUAGGUGGACAGGUUGCCACGAAGUGUCAGGAUAGAGCACUGAUCGCGCAGUAAGAGCCUCUGCAAGCGCCCGAAAGGCGACAAUGGCUAUCACCCGGGCAUCGCUAGCGGCGAUCGCGGCGACUGCCUGCAUUUUGGCUGCUUUUGUGGGUUCAAGUGAUGCUGCGAUGGCGAAGAUAACUUGUCAUUGCGAUGUGGGGGACAUUGAGGGCCUUUGCCUCAGCGCAUCCUCGCUGCCCAACACUCGAUCGAAGGUCAUGGACCGGCCUAACCCAGCUGCUCAGUGCAACGUCCUUUGCGCCACCCGUGAAGAGGUGCUGCAGCGAUGCGCAAAUGCAGCUGCGCUGCAUGUUGGCGAGGUGACCUGUCACAGCUUCUCAUUCGAUGAGUGCGCCCUAUCAUGCAGCGACUGCCCAACUGGCUGCGAGCUGCAGCGUCCAGAGCAGAGCUGCAGAGGUCUGCGCAUUGCUGCAUGAUGGUAUGAGAUCAGAAGGGAGCGCUGUGGAGGUUAGAAAGUAGUGCAGACCAAGCACAGGAUGAAUAAUGCAGUGAACAGGAACAGGCAACUGGUGAUAGGAUGACACCAUGCUUUCACAAAAUGAACACUACUGCAGAUCCAAAUCUUGUAAGGCCGAAUACUUGAUGGUGACAAUAUUGCUGCUGGCGCUCAACAGUAACCAUGAUGCGGGAAUUUUGCGGCAUGCAGACACUGUCAGGAUGUGAUUGAACACAUGCCACUUAGCAGCAAUGUUAACCUGCUGCACCAGGAGUUGGGACUGGGGUACCAGCGAUGCUUCAAAGGCUGGUAGCGUCAAAAGGCUGUUGCGAUUAUUGUAUGAUGGGGUCCAACCCCAUAUGGGGCUUGUUGGGCUGUACACCAAAAGGGAGGGGAGUGUGUUUAUGUAGCUCUGGUAGCUGGCAGCUACCAAUGGACAGUCCAGCGGACUGUCUUGACUCUUAAAUCUGACACAUUC